GGCGCACCUCUGGGUCACCCGUGUGUCACUGAGUCACCUCUGGGUCACAGCUGUGUCCCCUGGGUCACAAAUGUGUCCCCUGGGUCACUUCUGGGUCACCCAUGUGUCACCGGGUCACCUUUGGAUCACACCUAUGUCCCCUGGGUCACACGCGUGUCACCUGGGGCACCUCCAGGUCACCCGUGUGUCACUGAGUCACCUCUGGGUCACACCUGUGUCCCUGGGUCACACACAUGUCCCUGGGUCACACACAAAUGUGUCACUGGGUCACCCUCCAGGUCACACACAUGUCCCUGGGUCACCCUCCGGGUUACACAUGUGUCCCUGGGUCACCUUUGGGUCACACAUGUGUCCCUGGGUCACACACAUGUCCCUGUGUCACCCUCCAGGACACAAAUGUGGCACUGGGUCACACAUGUGUCCCCUGGGUCACCUCUGGGUCACACAUGUGUCACUGGGUCACCCUCAGGGGGUCACACACACAUGUCCCUGAGUCACUCUCCAGGUCACAGAUGUGUCCUUGGGUCACCUUUGGGUCACACACACAUGUCCCUGGGUCAUACACAUGUCCUGGGUCACUCUCCAGGUCACAAAUAUGUCUCUGGGAAACCUCUGGGUCACACACGUGUCCCUGAGUCACCCCCAGGGGGUCACACACAUGACCCUGGGUCACACCUGUGUGUCCCUGGAGGUCACACCUGUGUCCCUGGGUCACACUCGUAUGUCCCUGGCUCCUCUAGAGGUCACACCCGUGUCCCUGGAGGUCACACCCAUGUGUCCCUGUCUCCCCUGGAGGUCACACCCGUGCCCCUGGGUCACACCUGUGUGUCCCUGGAGGUCACACACAUGUCCCUGGAGGUCACACCCGUGUGUCCCCGGCUCCCCUGGAGGUCACACCCAUGUCCCUGGAGGUCACACCUGUGUCCCUGGAGGUCACACCCGUGCCCCUGGGUCACACCUGUGUGUCCCUGGAGGUCACACCCAUGUCCCUGGAGGUCACACCCGUGCCCCUGGAGGUCACACCCGUGUCCCUGGAGGUCACACCCGUGUGUCCCGGCUGCCCGGGGCCACGCCCGCGCCCCCCGGUGCCCCGGUGCCCCGUGCCCCGUGCCCCGUGCCCGCGGGUAACACGCAUGCCUUGUUUGUCUCCUCUCGCCCCCCGGCCCCCGUGGCCCCCCGGGACGUAGCCAAGCAGAAGCAGAAGUCGACCGAGCACGUGCCCCCGUACGACGUGGUGCCCUCCAUGCGCCCCAUCAUCCUCGUGGGGCCGUCGCUGAAGGGCUACGAGGUCACGGACAUGAUGCAGAAGGCGCUGUUUGACUUCCUGAAGCAUCGCUUUGAUGGCAGGAUCUCCAUCACGCGGGUGACAGCCGACAUCUCCCUGGCCAAGCGCUCCGUGCUCAACAACCCCAGCAAGCACACCAUCAUCGAGCGCUCCAGCACCCGCUCCAGCCUGGCCGAGGUGCAGAGCGAGACCGAGCGCAUCUUCGAGCUGGCCCGGACGCUGCAGUUGGUGGCCCUGGACGCCGACACCAUCAACCACCCAGCCCAGCUGGCCAAGACCUCGCUGGCGCCCAUCAUCGUCUACAUCAAAAUCACCUCGCCCAAGGUGCUGCAGCGGCUGGUGAAGUCCCGGGGGAAGUCUCAGGCCAAGCACCUCAACGUGCAGAUGGUGGCCUCGGACAAGCUGGCGCAGUGCCCGCCUGAGAUGUUCGACAUCGUGCUGGACGAGAACCAGCUGGAGGAGGCCUGCGAGCACCUGGCCGAGUACCUGGAGGCCUACUGGAAAGCCACGCACCCGCCCAGCAGCAACCCCCCGAACCCGCUGCUGAACCGCACCAUGGCCACGGCGGCGCUGGCCGCCAGCCCCGCGCCCGUCUCCAACCUGCAGGGUCCGCCCCCGGAGGGGGAGCACGGCCGCCCCCGGCAGGGCCCGGGGGACUCGGGGGGCCGGGGCAGGGUCCCCCCGGCCCCCGCCCGCCCGGGCCCCCGCAGCCUGUCCCGCCAGGACACCUUCGACGCGGGCGGCCGCGACUCGGAGCCCGGGGAUUCGUGCUGCAUGGACAUCGAGAUGGAUCCCGUGGAGGAGGAGCCGCCGGGCACCCCCGGGGACGGGCCCCAGCCGCCCCCCGAGCCCGGGCAGCGGGGCCGGGCCAAGGGCCAGGAGCCCCUGGGCCAGAGCGGCGGGGAGGGCUGGGCCCGGGACGUUUACCUGCGUUAGGGUGAGGGGGUGCGGGCAGGGGGCUCCCCCGCCCCAGCGCUGCUUUUGGGGUGCGGGACAGCCCCGCCGGUUGCCUUCGUGCCCCCCCAGCUCUGCCCUGGGGGCUCCCCCUGCCCCGCUCUUUGCUGAGGGGGGGUCUCCCCCUGCCGCAGCCCCCCCCCAGCAUCUCGCGGUGCCUCGGGCCCUCCCUGCCCGGCGGGGACAGCAAGUGACCAAAGGGGACCCGGCGUGUCCCCGUGCCCCAGGCGGGGGGCGGGGGCCGUGCCCCCCUCCCCAGCCCUGCCCCCCGCUUCUCCAUGGUGCUCUCGGCCACCCGGGGCUGGCCGUGGCCGUGGGGGGGUCCCUGCCAGCUGCCCCCCACCGCAGCAGUGCCUGGCACUGUCCCCACAGCCCCCUCGGGGGGUGCAUGCGUGUGCGGUGUGUGGGGGGCUUUGGGGGUCCCCCCGAGGUGCUGCCUGCCCGGGGGGGUUUGCAUGUGUUUGCCUUGGAGGGGCUCUGCCUGAAUUGGGGGGUGGGGGGUGAAUCUGAGCCAGUUUCGGGGGUCUAACCUGUGCUAACACCUGCCCAGCCUUGGCCUGCC